GAGAGCUGGGCGCCUCCCCGCCCCACUCCGGCGCCCGCCGGACUGGGCUCCUCCGCGGGCCUCGCUGCCCCUCCGCCCGUCCGACGGGAAGAAUUUCCAGACCCGCGGCUCCGGGAUGGGGCGGGCCCCACGACUACUGCUGCUGCUGCUGCUGCCGUGGCUCUUCGUCCCUGCACUCAGGAGAGGGGUUCUCGCUGAGGUGGGAGAAGAAACCACGCACACCCUGCCAUUCCCAGGAGGCCUGCCCGACCGCCUGCCAUCUUCCCUUCCUCUUGGCCGCGGGGCCUCCAUGGUGCUGUCACCAACCGGAAGCGCAGCCGCUCCCAGGGCGACCUCCGCCAGGUCCAAGCGCCAGCCACCUCUUGCGUUUAAUCACACGGUCGGCCACAUCGUGCUUUCUGAGCACAAGAACGUCAAGUUUAACUGCUCCAUCAGCGUGCCCAGCACACACCAGGACAUCCACGUUUCUUGGUGGAAAGACGGCAAGGAGCUCCUUGGGGCACAUCAUGCAGUCACUCACUUCUAUCCAGAUGAUGAAUUCACAGCAGUGAUAGCGUCCUUCAGCAUAACCAGCGUGCAGCGUCCAGACAAUGGGUCGUAUAUCUGUAAGACAAAAAUAAACGAUGAAGAGAUCGUGUCUGAGCCCAUCUACCUUGAGGUACAAGGGCUUCCUCACUUCACUCGGCAGCCUGAGAGCAUGAACGUCACCAGGAACACUGCCUUCAACCUCACCUGUCAGGCCGUGGGCCCGCCCGAACCCGUCAACAUUUUCUGGGUUCAAAACAGCAGCCGUGUUACCGAACAGCCUGAAAAGUCCCCCUCCGUGCUAACUGUUCCCGGUCUGACGGAGACAGCGGUCUUCAGCUGUGAGGCCCAUAAUGACAAGGGGCUGACUGUGUCCAAGGGCGUACAGGUCAACAUCAAAGCACUUCCCUCCCCACCAAUUGAAGUCAGCGUUCACAACCGGAGCUCACAUGGCAUCCUCAUCUCCUGGGUCCCGGGCUUUGAUGGCUAUUCCCCGCUCAGCAGUUGCAGCAUCCAGGUCCAGGAAGCUGAUCCGCUGAGUAAUGGCUCCAUCAUCACCUUUAACACCUCUGCUUCGCCACCUGUGUAUCAAAUCGAGCAGCUGCGUGCCCUGGAGAAUUACAGCGUUGGUGUCUCCUGCAGGAAUGAGGUCGGCUGGUCUGUGCUGAGCCCUUGGGUCCUGGCCAGCACAACCGAAGGAGCCCCAUCAGUCGCACCCUUGAACGUCACUGUGUUUCUGAAUGAAUCUAGUAACAAGGUGGAUGUCAGAUGGAUCAAGCCUCCAAUUGAGCGGCAGGACGGGGACCUGGUGGGGUUCCGGAUAUCUCACGUGUGGCAGAGUGCCGACGCUUCUAAAGAGCUGUCUGAAGAUGUCGGCCAGAACAGAAGCCACGCUCAGAUCCCCGUCCAUGUACACAAUGCCAAUUGCACAGUUAGGGUUGCGGCUGUCACCAAAGGAGGAGUGGGGCUUUUCAGUGCCCCGGUGAAAGUCUUCGUCCCUGCACGUGCUUGGGUAGAUUUUGCCCCCUCGUCGACCCCGGCACCUGGCAGCACAGACCCUGUGCUUAUUGUCCUUGGCUGCAUCUGUGGAUCUGUUCUGAUCGGGCUGGUGAUCUAUGUUUCUCUGGCCAUCAAAAAGAGACUCCAGGAGACACAGUUUGGAAAUGCCUUCACAGGGGAGGAAUUGGAACUAGUCGUCAACUACACAGCAAAGAAGUCCUUCUGUCGGCGAGCCAUCGAACUCACCUUACGCAGCUUGGGCGUCAGUGAGGAUCUGCAGAAUAAGCUGGAAGAUGUCGUGAUUGACAGGCACCUUCUAAGCCUUGGAAAAAUUCUGGGCGAAGGAGAGUUUGGGUCUGUCAUGGAAGGAAAUCUGAGUCAGCAAGACGGGACUGCUCAGAAAGUGGCCGUGAAGACCAUGAAGUUGGACAGCUUUUCCCAGCGAGAGAUCGAGGAGUUCCUCAGUGAGGCUGCAUGCAUGAAAGACUUCAGCCACCCGAAUGUCAUCCGACUCCUAGGUGUUUGUAUAGAGAUGGGCUCUCAGGGCUUGCCAAAGCCCAUGGUGAUUUUACCCUUCAUGAAAUACGGGGACCUGCAUACCUACCUACUCUACUCCCGACUAGACACAGGACCAAAGCACAUCCCUGUGCAGACGCUGGUGAAGUUCAUGCUGGACAUAGCCCAGGGGAUGGAGUAUCUGAGCAACAGGAAUUUCCUUCAUCGUGACUUAGCUGCUCGAAAUUGCAUGUUGCGAGAUGACAUGACCGUGUGUGUCGCAGACUUCGGUCUCUCCAAGAAGAUUUACAGCGGUGAUUACUACCGCCAGGGCCGUAUUGCGAAGAUGCCCGUGAAAUGGAUUGCCAUCGAGAGCCUCGCGGACCGUGUCUACACUAGUAAAAGUGACGUGUGGGCUUUCGGCGUGACCAUGUGGGAAAUAGCAACUCGGGGCAUGACGCCCUACCCCGGAGUCCAGAACCAUGAGAUAUACAACCACCUUCUCCACGGCCACAGGCUGAAGCCACCAGAGGACUGCCUAGACGAACUGUGUGAAAUAAUGCAGUCCUGUUGGAGGGCGGACCCCUUGGACCGGCCUCCCUUUUCCGUGCUGAGGCUGCAGCUAGAGAAGCUCUUGGAAAGUUUGCCUCAAGUGCAGGACAAGGCCGAUGUCAUUUACAUGAACACACAGCUUCCCGGGGGCUGUGAGGGCCCAGCAGACGGCCCCCCACCUGCACAGCCAGACACAGACGUGGACCCCAACCCCAGGUGUGCGUCCUGCACGCCCAGCGCUGCUGUCAGCGUGGUCACAGCCCAAGUUCAUGCAAGUUCACAGCACAAGGACAGAGCGCACGAGGGAAGGUACAUCCUGGACAGGGGCAGUGGGGACUGGGAAGACCUGGAGCCUGCCGCCCCAGUAACGGAGACAGAGGGGGAGAGCGGGCUCCUACCGGAGGACAGACAAGUGAGCACUGGGGUCUCCUGGUCCCAGUCCAGCACGCUGCCCUUGAGGGGCCCACCGCCAGACGAACUUUUGUUUGCGGACAACUCAGACGACUCAGAAGUCUUGGUGUGAUGAGAGCAAACAGAUGCCCACAAGCCAGGCUUGGGGCGUGCCCCAAGGUCCACGCCCGCUCCAACGUUCUGCGUUCUGUGUUCCUUAUCAAGUAAAUGCCCGAAAGCCCCAGAAGAGUGUUGUCCAGUCCGUCGUCAUUAAAAAUACAGAGUAUAUAUUUAUUUAAGGAGAAAAAAAUCUUUGUGUGUAUAUGAUGGGAAGAGACGUAAAUAUUAUAUUUUAAUGAAAGGCCUUAUUCCUUGUCACUUACCUUGCAGAUCCUAAACACUGGGCUCUAUCAUCCUGCUGUCUGCAGCUGCCCCUUGCUAUUAACAUAUGCACACAGUCGAAGCUGUUUUUUUCAGGUUCUUUUCUUUUUCCUGACUAUGAAAUCUAAAAAUAUCUAUGAAUUGAAAUGCCAUCUUUGAUUUUGCUUCUUCUAGUCUUCUGAAAAAAAAGAUACUCUUACAUGAAUCAAUUAUUGAUGAGUGACUCAUUUGAUAUUUAACGUUUUAUAACUAUUUCUUCCAUAUGACUUGCUAAUAAAAUUUGAAUGAGGAA